GGAGGUUGAAUAUUACGGAAGGCCCAAUAUUACAAGAUGCUUGGUGCCGUUGCAAAGGCAAUCUCCUGUCUCUGUCGUUGAUUUCUGACAACAACAAGAGUUAGAGGCAAGCCAGAAGGGCCCAAGCUACAAACAACAUAGAGCCUCGCGCAAGCUUCACUAUGGCUUCUAUCAGCACUAAAGAGAAAUUACUUUCGCUCAUUGACGAUACUGAACUCAUAUCAAAGCAGGUAUUGCAGCAUACAGCUGAGGUGUAUUUUUCCGGCAGAGAACUCUUGGAGAACAGCAUUGCCCCAAAACAACAGAGACUGUCUUCUGCUGACCUUGCACAGCUGAUUGAACUACUUAUAAUGAAAGAUGGAGAGUUGAAGGAAACAAUCAAACUGGCCAAUGAUCAGGCAAGAAUAGCCAGCAUCAUGGACAUGGUACAGGCUGAAGUGGAUCGUCAUGACCAGAUGAUUCUACAACUGGAGAAGCAACUUUAUGAUGCUCACCAUAUGCUGUCCAUGGCGCUAUAUCAAGCACGGCACAAAAUGCAGAGCAUCCUCCGAGCCAACAAACGACCUGUCAACAGUGAGGAGCUGAUCAAGUAUGCUCACCGCAUCUCCUCCACUCACUCUGUAUCAGCACCAGACACCUGGCAACAGGGAGAUCCUAGACGGCCUUAUCCUAUUGAUCUCGAAAUGCGAGCUGGAUUUCUGGGUCAGAAUGGACAUGCACUGCACACACACACCCAUCUUGCUGACUCCUUGGCUAGAGGGCACCAUGCUGAGCCUACCUCAUCAGGACUUGGUGGCACUUUCUCAUGGCAGCCAUCUGGGGACUUGCAAGUACAUGUGGGAAAUCACACAUCUGUUGUGGUGGAGAAGAAAGAACAGGAAGAUGUGGAAGUGAUGAGCACCGAUUCAUCAUCUUCUUCCUCUUCGGACUCUCAGUGACCUGAUUCAAGCCUAGAAAUUCCCCUUCAAACAGUUUACUGUGUAUUGCAAAGGGGCAAAGCAUUGGUAUGUGGACUCACAUGCAGCAAUGUUGAGUACAUACUGCUUUUUCAAUGAAACGUGUGUGUGGUGCUCACCUGCCUGCCUCUGCCUGUGGUGUUAAAGCAUGGAUGGGACAUAAAGCCAAGCAGUGAUGUAAAUGAUGAACACUUCAACAUCAAUUAGAUGUGAGUCUACUAUUACUGGAGAAUGUCUUUUUUAUUUUGUUUGUUUUGAAUGAAAUACAGAUACUGCAAA